AAAUCCAAUAAUCCAACUAACAUUUCUGGUGCCAGUCCUUGUGCCAGUCUUCUUGGGUUCAUCUGUUUCUGUGGCAAAAUCAGGAAGCAUAGAAAGAUAUCCACAAAAACAGUUUCAAAUGGAAGAAUUAGAGGCAAAUCCAAGUAUAUGAGUUCUCAAAAUUUCAAUCCUAGCCUAGAUCUCUUCUACCUUAAUUCCUUGGGAUUGGACUUAGUGCAGCAGCCAACUUGUUUGAAACAAAGUGCUGAAACUGAGAAAACAUCACUAAUUCAUAGCAGUCCAAAUAAAAAAUUAAAUAGAAGAGAGGAAUCAUACGAAGAAGUUGCCAUUGCCAUACCAGAAUCUGACAAUGCUAGCAGUUCUUCUACAAGAGAAAUUAUGUCAGUUCAUGAGGAUGUAGUAUCAGCUAAAUAUGAUUCUGAUGGUGGUAACUGCUCACCAUAUGAUACAAUAAUUCCCAUUGAAUGCCAUUCAUCUGAUGAUGAAUCUUUUCAUUCUUUUGUUGAUUCACAUUCAUCAAAUGUCAGGCUUCCCAAUAAUGCUUCAUCUGGUAGUCUUAGUGAUAUAUCAGAAAUUCACCUAAAUGUAACAAAGAGAUCACCAUCUCCUCACCAUUCUUUUGCACCACCAUCCAUGUCUCUGGCAAUUUUAGGACACAACACAACUUUAUACCUUCAAUCUCCAUGCAGCAGCCGGGAUUCGCCUGAGUGUAAAAAGAAUUUCACACCCCCACCUGCAACCCCUCCUCCUCCUCCUCCUCCUCUGCCUCCAGUUGUGCGUAUUUCUCCUUUAAAUUCUUCUUUAUCUGCAACAGCUAGAGCAAGAUUCAAUGCUCCAAGUUCUUCUACAUUUAGCAAUGCAACACCUGCUACGAAUUCAGAUUCCUCUUCAGGAUUAAACCAAAAGCAUUCACAUCAAAAACCUUCUAAAUCUUUGCCAAGUCCACUCGGUAUUGCUUCACCACCAUGUCCACCUCCAUUUUUAAAAGGAAACAAUAACCAUGUCAAAGGUCUACCUCCUCCACCAGCCCAACUUCCACAGUACACACUACUGGGAAAAGAUGGGGCUACAUUGCCAAAAUUGAAGCCACUUCACUGGGACAAAGUCACAGCUGCACCAGACCGCUCUAUGGUAUGGGACAAGCUGAGGUCAAGCUCGUUUGAAUUGGAUGAGGAAAUGAUUGAAUCACUUUUCAGAUACAACGUAUAAAAUUCAAUGCAAAAUGAUGAAACAAAAAACAAAACCCCUUCCCCAAGCAAUUAUGUACUUGAGCCCAAGAGAUUACAGAACAAAACCAUUCUCUUAAAAGCACUGAAUGUGACAGCUGAUCAAGCAUGCAAUGCAUUGAUGAAAGGAAAUGGUUUGGUUUUACAACAACUAGAAGCAUUGGUGAAAAUGGUACUCAGCAAGGAAGAAGAGACUAAGCUUUCUAGCUACAAAGGAGAUAUCAAUGAACUGGGGUCUACUGAGAAGUUUGUUAAAGCACUUCUGAGCCUUCCAUUCGCCUUCUUACGAGCUGAAGCAAUGCUUUACCGAGAAACUUUUGAGGAUGAGGUGGUUCAUCUUAAAAACUCAUUUUCAAUGCUAGAGGAAGACUCCAAGGAACUCAGAUCAAGCAGGCUCUUCUUGAAGUUACUUGAAGCAUUACUUAAAAGAGGUAACCGAAUGAAUGUUGGAACAAUUAGAGGAGGCGCUAGAGUAUUCAAGCUUGAUGUCCUCCUUAAGCUUGCGGAUGUGAAAGGAACUGAUGGGAAGACUACCUUGCUGCAUUUUUUUGUCCAAGAGAUUAUUCGAUCGGAAGGAAUAAGAGUGUCUGACAGCAUUAUGAGGAAGAUCAACCAGACAAACAAAGGCAGAAGGACAGCUGAAGAAAAGGAAGAAGAUGAAAGAACAAUGGGACUAGACCUUGUUUCAGGUUUAAGCACUGAACUCCACCAUGUCAAGAAGACAGCUACACUUGACCUGGAUGUUCUUGCAAGUUCUGUCUCAAGCCUAUCAGAUGGCAAGGCUCAACUGCAUCUAGUUCACGAGCUGGAGCUAUCAACAGAUGAAAAAAGUGGGAAUUUAGUUCAUUCAAUGAACGCCUUCCUCAACUAUGCAGAGAAGAAUCUAAAGGAGCUGCAAGAAGAUGAACAUAGAGUCCUAUUACAUGUAAGAGAAAUCACAGAAUAUUUCCAUGGAGAUGUGAGCAAACUAAAUGAAGCUAAUCCACUAGGUAUAUUUGUGAUCGUAAGAGACUUUCUAGGAAUGUUAGAUCAUGUCUGUAAAAAGCUUAGAAGCUUGAAAGUCCCUAGCAGUCCUAGCCCUCUGGCUCCAUGUCGAUAG